AAUGAGUGACAUUGAUGACAUUGGCGUGGUUGAAGGCACUAUUCCAGAGGAGCAAGUGGCAGAGAGGAAAUUGACUGCCGUUUCCGUUGCAGGAGUGAAAUACUUUGAAACAUUUCAAGGUUGCUACUCCUGCUCAGGAAGUUUCUGAAGCCUCAUCCAAUGUUGGAAGAUGCAAUCGAUGUGGGGCUAUGCAGCGUCUCGACCAAUGUGUAAUGGCCUUCUCAGAAGUUCUCGAGGAGAUAUGUCAAGGAACUCCUACAGUGGAGAAGCUGUUGGUUUGUGAAGAUUUUGAUGCUACUGUGUC